AUGACGCUCAGAUUCGGAGCGAGAUUGGCGCCAAUUUUACUCGUUCUGAGCAUUCUGAGCGGCGGCUGUUCUUGGACUUGCCUCGCUGCAGACCAACCAAAUCAUCAUCGCCAUCAUCAUGCCGCUGAUGCUGACGCUCGACUGCCGUUGCGCAUCGAGUGGGAAGGACCGAUCGAAACGAGCUCGUUCGUGCAGCGCAUGAACGUCGAGGUCGUCUCGCGACUGAUUGCCCGCGGCCAUCGCGUCUCGAUUCACCCGCGCGAGCCUGUCGACGGGAUCCGGGAGACCUCCUCGGACGCCUUCUCCGAGCGCACGGCACGGGGCAGCAGUCAGACCGGCGCUUGGGACGCGGCGCUGAGUGGCCGUGGCGCGUCGCUGUACCACUCGCCGUACACCACCGUCGCCGAGAUGGCAGACCACGCAACAACGCCAGGAAGUCAAGAUCAUCAUCACCACCACCACCAUGGAGCCCACCAUCGUCGGGCUCCAUCGGAGGAUGCGCUGGCAGAGCAAGACGCGACGCUCCUGCCCAAUGGUGAGGACAGCAAUCAAGGCGACUCACCACUUCGAGGCGCAUUUUCAGCCCGCAAGUGCGAAGCGCUGCGCCAGUACUACUAUGCGCCGUUGUUGCGAGAUGGCCAUGAUCAUGGCGCCAGCACUGGCUCGCCGUCAGAUGCUGAUGAUGCAUGGACGCCAGUGCUGCACGUCACAGCCGAUGCCACUGGUCUGCCCGACUUUUUCCACCCGCCACUGCCGCUGGCUGCCAACUACUCGGCCGCGACCGACCUCGUGAACGAGACGCCGUAUUGGAUUUCAGUGUUGCAGUGGGACUUUGGGCAGCUUCCCAAGGUGUGGCCGAGCGCAUUCGCUUCCUCCAUGGACGAGAUUUGGGUGCCUUCGAACGCUGUUGCCGAGGCCUUUGAGCGCGGUGGUGUCUCCAAAGACCUUGUGCAGGUUGUGCGCAUGGCUGGCACGGAUUUGUGUGCGCUUACGGCUCUCUCGACCGGUGUGCCAUGCGUCCAAGGGGCGCCGCCGCGCACCAUGCCCAAUUUCUUUGCCAAGCUGCUUGCCGACAUUCGCAGUCCACGUGUCAAGGCCGACCCAGAGCCAGCGGCCAGGAUGGUGCACAGGACGCGCACUCAGCUGCGCCAAGAGCGCCAGCAGGCGUCUCGAUUCAUGUCCGACCAGACCGUCCACCCGCUCGCCAAAGUCAAACCGUUCCCAAUCAACAAUGGCAAAGCCAAUGCGUUUCGGUUCCUGUGGCUCGGCGAUCCGAGGUGGGUCAAGUCGUUUGAUUUGGUGAUUGACGUCUUCCGCCACACCUUCCGCAAUCACGACAAUGUCACGCUGGUCAUUGCGGGCUACGGCGACGCCGGCCUCAAGCACCACCACUCGGACACCAACCACAUUGUUGAGAAAAUGUACGAGAGCAUCCGUGCUGAUCGGCACACUCCUGAAAUCCGCUAUUUGCCCAGGGGGGUAGUCCCAGUCACAAUGCUUUCGUCCGUCUUUGCUUCCGUCGAUGCCGUGCUUCUCCCCUAUCGGAUGGACGGCUCAGGCUGGGAGGUGACUGCCGCCAUGGAGCACGGAUUACCCAUCAUUGUGACGGCAGUUGGCGCAGCGCGCGAUCUCUGCUCGUCCACACGUUGUGUCCAAGUGCCAGCCCCGCAAGACGGUAGCUUCCGUGAAUUUGGGCGGAAGGUCUGCAUCGACCAAACCUUCCUGUAUGCCACCGCCGACUCGCACCGCCACGCCACGCGAGACGCUGCAGACAUCCACAGCGACGAUUCGGGCCACCGCGAAGAGACUGAAACCGAAACGCAUCGCCACUUUGAUCUCAUGGGCUAUCCCGUUGUCGGCGUGCCCGACCGUGCUGCGUUGCAAAUAGCCAUGAAAAGCAUGUACGAGGAGUGGCUGCAAAAGCAAUCCGACGAACAAGGUUCAUCUUCUUCAUCUGACUCUUCUUCCUCUGAUUCGGAGCUGGUGCUGAACGCCCUCGAGUUUGCCUACAGCGAGCUAUCAUGGGAGCGCAUUGUCGAUCGCAUUGAAUCGCGCCUCUACACAGUUGCAGAAAAGGAGGCGACGCUUCGCCGUGGCCUCUCUUUGCAAGAAUGGCACGCCCGAAUGCACCAACGCAUUUUGUCACGUCUUGGCACUGCAGGCAAGUUUGCGCUGGCUAUUGGAGAGCCAGACGCGGCCUCUCUUUAUCUUCGUCGCGCUGUUGCAGAAGCGCUGCCCCUUGCCAAGGCGGAACUCGCCGUGCUCAACGCCAAGGCGUUGCGGCUGGCAUCCCGAGCCGCGGACGCCGUUGCGCACCUGCGUGAUCAAUUCCCGCUGCUGAGUCGACUGUUUGCGCCAUCGAGCACCCAGAGUGACGCGAGCGCUUCGAGCACUGCAGAGCAAGAAGCCGAACCGCUUUCAGAGACCACCUCCGCAGACGUCGCUCUCCUGGUCGAGUACGCAGCCUCGCUGCGCACCUCCGGUGAUGUCGAUGUCGCCGAAAAGCUUUUGAAGCGGGCGCUUGCGCUCGAAAAGUGCCCAGUCGAGGCCUUUGUGGAGCUGGCCAAGCUGUACCGCGAGCAGCGCAACGACUUUGGCAAAGCCACCAAGACCAUCAGUGAUGGGCUUUUGUGUGCACAGCGUGACCUGCGUCUGCUCGAGCUCUUUGGGCACAUCUCUUCAGAGCUUGGUUAUACCAAAGGCGUGGACGCAGCCGCGCAAAUGAUCCGUGCGGUGGACGAUCAGCACGCGCUUGUGCUCGAAAACCAACGCUCCAAAGCACAGCAAGCCUCUGACGAGGCUGCCACAAGGCAAGCAUGGGCCGAGUAUGAGCGUCGCAUUGAAGAGUUUCGGAAUACGUGGAAACAGUCCCACAUCGAUCGUCCAGAGGCCGUUGCUAUGCUUCAAGGGGUGCUGCGCCCCGCGCUGUUGAAGGACUACACGGUCUUCAUUGGCGAAGUAGGCUGCGGCAAGACCACCGCCGUCCUCGACGCCAUCCGAGCCAACAGCACUGGCAUUGUCUACCACAUCGUCCAAAGCGAGCUAAUCGUUGAUGUGCCGAAACGACUGGCGGGGUCUCUCGCGUUCGCGUUCAACCGGUUCACCUUCACGGCAGGCUACUUCAAAGACCGUGGUGUGGAGAUGGAGCAAGUCACAUCGGCAGAAGAGCCGUUCAAGAGCUGGGCGAUACUCGAGCUCGGUCUUCGGGACGUCGCCGCACAGUUCAAGGCCAAGCAUGGUCACGUUGCCACGCUCGUCAUCGACGCCGUGGACCUCAUCGCCAAGAAGGGUUCAGCACUGUUGCAUGCGAUUCAAAAAUUUGCCAAGGCGGCUGCUGACGAGCAGCUGCUCAAUGUUGUUCUCGUCACCUGCGAUGUUUCGAAUCUGCCUGAGCUCAAGGCAUCGUCAGCAAUGACCCGUGCUCGCGUUGUUGAAGUGGGUGAUCUCACCGACCAACAAGCUGUCACAUAUCUGGUGCGUCGUGACAUCCACGAGGAUUUGGCCAAGCGUGCGGUCGCUGAAAUUGCUGGUGGGCGUCUCAUUCUGCUCAACAAUCUAGCAGACGACCUUCUGUUCAAGACUGUGGACGAGAUCUUUGAAGAGUUUCGCGUGGAUACGGCAGACUCUCUCCUGCGCCUGAUUGGCCGUUCUGAAAUGAGCAACGCAACAUCUUCUGUGCACCAGACACUCUGUGAUCUCACUCGUGGAGCUCUGGGGCAUAGCCUCGUGCACGAGAUGCUAGGCGUCGAUCUGACCAAGCAACUCCUCGCCACCAAGAUCAACAUUCUUGCCUACCAUCCCAACAAGACCUACACCCUUCACUCGCGCCACGUUCAGCGCUCUGUGUCUACCCUGCUGAACUGCACGAGACCGUAG